GGGGCGACUCGCUACAAAUGGCGCACCCUCACCACCAAUUUCACCAUCAACCCCCGCACCCCGGACUGCACGGCCUACCUUGCGACAUUUGGGGUCGAGCAGUGAACCCCCCUCCGCCACCAAGAUACGGUGGUCGCUCGUGCGGUGGUUCAAGUUCGUCAAAUCCCUCAGCGUCAUCAAACCCAGGUGGCAACUCUCACUCGUCCAAAAAAACGCGACGGCGCGUGGCCACGAUGGCACAACGUCGAGCUGCCAAUAUCCGCGAGAGGCGACGCAUGUUUAACCUGAACGAAGCGUUCGACAAACUGCGCCGAAAGGUUCCGACGUUUGCAUACGAGAAACGUCUUUCUCGCAUUGAAACUCUCCGACUCGCCAUAACAUACAUCUCGUUCAUGGCUGAGCUACUGGCUGGUAAAACGACCGGCUCAGAUAGUGUCUCGUCCGCCUCUGGGCCACCAGGUCCUUCACUCCUCGGACAUGCUGGAUCACUGCACUGCCCCGAGUACAUUCCGUACAGUUUGCCACCACUUGGAUCAUCAUAAUCCAGCAUGCAAAAGAAAUAUCUAGUCUUCCAAUCUUAAUUUGAUUUCAAGAAAAAUUA